UAGUCCCAAGGGCCUAGCUACCCCGUACCGUAUCCCACCGUCAAGUUAGGGACAUCCCGGUUCCGUAGUUCUAGAGAUACCGUGCUUCCUUGGUAUGAGCGGCUUCCCGUUCUUCGUUUCGCGCGUUUAACGCUAGCACGCGCUGUAUGAAGCCUCGAUUCGGGAAGUCAGCGGAAGUUGCCGACGCAUUGUUUUUGGUGCUUUUCGGAGCGUGAGAAAACUUCAAUCCUAGCUUUCGCGGUCCUCAGUGAGGAGUAGAUAGCUGGUGCAUUGAAGCGAGACGUGAAUGGAUUUCUGACGUCAGCUUCGCUCUCCUCCGUCAGAAAUAUCAUUCACAGGUUGCACGAGUAAACAAACCGAUAGAAGCAGACCGAUACAAACAGAUCGAUAUAAGCAGACCGAUAUAAGCACAUCUUCUCCUUAUAAGCAGACCCCCCGUACUCGCCUAAUCAUAAUGUCUCCUCCCAGCAGUCCCUCACCCAAGGGCCAACGUUACCUGGGCGUAUUUGGGUCGGGGGAUUCAGGGGGGUUAGGGGGGUCAGGAGGGCUGGGAGGACUAGGAUCAAACGGCAGCAACGGCGGCAUUGGGAUGGCAAGCGGUGUCUCUAGCGGCUUUUCUGCCUCGGGUGCAGGCGUAGGGGGUGGUGAUACGGGAGGAGGGGUGAUGGGAGGAGGAGGGGUGGGAGGAGAUAUUGGGAGUGAUGGCAAGCCCAUGGGGCCGCACGUGCACCACCAUGUGACGCCCGAUGGCAGAGUGGUGGCAUAUGAAACCAUCCAAGACCGGCUUCUCAACGUGUUUGGCAAGGCCGCCGGGUACAUCUGGUCCUUCUCCCACACCGUUGCCCGCGUGGACGUGGUCCGGCCAAUCACCACCUCCCACCGCCGCCGCCGCUACAACCAGGACGGCUACGAGGAUGACGGCAACGGCACCGGCAGCGCCUACUUUGGCGCUCAGAGGGACAGCUCGCCUGUGUGGCGGGCGAGGAGGCAGGGCAGGAGGGGGCGGAGGGGGAGGAGGGAGGAGGAGGAGGAGGAGGAGGGGGGCGUGAUACAGGGGAUCAACCAUGGGUUAUAUGGGGAGGGCGCGCGGCUGAAGCUGAUGCAGGUUUGGGAUUUCCCGGAUAAGGAGACGGGGGAGCCGAGGCUUCCGUAUGGGCUCAAUUUUGGAGUGGGGGCGAACUACGAGGUGAAUGGGAGCCGCCUGGAGCCCAAGCUGCGUAUCCGAACUCCCCAUGUAGCCCUGCAUCUGCUUCCCGAACCUGACAUUGAGCUUCGGGGGAAAUGGAGGCUCGGCACCACCAACGUUGCCCUUGAUGUUCGAUACACCAUGCCCCUGCGCUCCCUCAACCGCUUCUGGGACCGGGCAGCGGGAGUGGGGCUGUCAGUGAACCUCUUCAACCCCAUCGGCACGGGCUUCCAUCUCUCCCCUGGCGGUUUGGAGUUUGACGAGCAGGUGGUUCGGCUAGGCAAGCACACGAAGCUUCGUCUGGCUGCAACGUUUAUGUUUCCAAAGCACCUGCCAUUGGAGGAGGACGAGGAUCCAAUCCGGGUGCGCGUCAACCGUUUAGGAAUCAAGACCCGGUUAGCAUGAAGAAAUUUGAUUGAUUAGGAAGGUUUUAAGUGCAUAGGCCAAGUGCAGUUCCGCAGAGAGCCUUCUGUUAGUGCCUGAGUUGUGGAUUCUACCGAGUGUACGAGAAAGCCUGAUAACUGGCAAUAACGCGGAUGCGUAAUAGAGAGUACGGGUCGAA